GUUCAGGUUAAACACCCUUACAACUCACCAUUGUCUCAAAAGAGGACUUCGCCAGCUAAUUUCGUAUUUCAUCAAAAUGCGGGAAUGUAUCAGUAUCCAUGUUGGUCAAGCCGGUGUCCAGAUGGGCAAUGCCUGCUGGGAGUUGUACUGUUUGGAGCAUGGCAUUCAGCCUGAUGGUCAGAUGCCCUCAGACAAGACAAUCGGAGGGGGAGACGACUCCUUCAAUACAUUCUUCAGUGAGACCGGAGCUGGCAAACAUGUACCUCGGGCUGUGUUUCUGGAUCUCGAGCCCACCGUCGUCGAUGAGGUGAGAACUGGAACAUACCGCCAACUGUUUCAUCCUGAGCAGUUGAUUACUGGCAAGGAGGAUGCCGCCAACAACUACGCCCGCGGUUACUACACCGUCGGCAAGGAGCUCAUUGACCUUGUACUUGACCGCAUCAGGAAGAUGGCUGACCAGUGUACUGGUCUCCAAGGGUUUCUUCUUUUCCACAGCUUUGGGGGUGGCACUGGAUCUGGCUUUUCUUCUCUGCUGCUGGAACGUCUCAGCAUUGAUUACGGAAAGAAAUCCAAACUUGCGUUCGCCGUAUACCCUGCGCCUCAGAUUUCUACUGCUGUCGUUGAGCCAUACAACUCGAUUCUGACCACUCACAGUACCCUGGCCUCCUCAGACUGCAAUUUUAUGGUCGAUAACGAGGCUAUUUAUGAUAUUUGCCGUCGUAACCUUGACAUUGACCGCCCAACCUAUACUAACCUAAACCGUCUGAUUGGACAGAUUGUCAGCUCCAUCACCGCCUCCCUUCGCUUUGAUGGUGCCCUAAAUGUCGACCUGACCGAAUUUCAGACCAAUUUGGUGCCUUAUCCACGUAUCCAUUUCCCUCUGGCGACCUACGCCCCAGUUAUUUCUGCUGAGAAGGCCUACCAUGAGCAGCUGUCUGUUGCAGAGAUCACAAACGCAUGUUUUGAGCCAGCUAAUCAGAUGGUAAAAUGUGACCCACGGCAUGGCAAAUACAUGGCCUGCUGCCUUCUGUAUAGGGGUGAUGUAGUUCCAAAGGACGUAAACGCUGCAAUCGCCACAAUUAAGACCAAAAGGACUAUCGAGUUCGUCGACUGGUGUCCUACAGGCUUCAAGGUGGGCAUCAACUAUCAGCCCCCCACUGUUGUACCAGGAGGUGAUUUGGCCAAGGUCCAGCGUGCCGUGUGCAUGUUGAGCAACACCACCGCUAUCGCUGAGGCAUUUGGUCGUCUUAACAACAAAUUUGAUUUGAUGUAUGCUAAGCGUGCGUUCGUCCACUGGUACGUAGGAGAGGGUAUGGAGGAGGGAGAGUUCUCCGAGGCUCGUGAAGAUUUGGCCUUUCUGGAGAAGGACUAUGAAGAAUUCGCUGAGGAUACUGAAAAAGACGGCGGAGAGGAAGGCGAUGAGUAUUAAAUGACACAUUAAACUCUUUCCUCAAUAUGUCCCCAACAGCGAAUCUCUUUUGUACAUAAACCCUGUUUGUGAUAUUGUAAACAGGCUGAGUGUGUAAUUGGUCGUGCUAUUAUUGUGAUAAAUUAAAUAUCGUAAUGAAGAGACAGUUAAAAAAUAAAUGACCGUCAACAAUUUUGCUUCACUUACUAGUAUUUCCAUAUGAUCUACGUACCCACUCCUGUCGGAGGUAAUCACUCUUAGGUCCCGGCGAGGAGUUGUUUUAAAUCAUUAUCUCUACUAAAUGUAUGAACUAACGUGGAUUACUGAAUUCGACACAGUAACUCAUACGUAAUUCCUCAUAUGAUUUUGUGCUUUCUUAUAGUUUCUGUGAUUGGUUAAUUAUAGCACACGAGACCC